CAGAAAUCACGGAGGAGCAUGUGAGCCGAGUCCACGGAGCACUGAGCGCCACUGCAUUGCUGGAAUCCGAGGUGAGCACGGGCAAAGCGAUGGCCGCGGCCAGGCCGCACCACAGGGCGCCGCCGGGGCGCGUGCCCACGAGGUGCGUCGCCGCGCUCUGCGCCGCCUGCUUCCUCCUCGGCGUCUGCGUCGUCAACCGCUACUGGGCGGUUCCCGAGCCACCCGAUUGCCCAAGCAAGGCGAACUCUGGGCGUUCGAGGGCCGUGCUGAGCCAAGCACAAACCCGCGAAGUCAUCAUCGCGUUGGACAGAACGAUAUCGGACAUCGAGAUGCGCCUGGCCGCCGCCAGAGCCGCGCAGAUGAGGAACCAAGGCGUGUCGCCGAGUGAUUCAGCCGCUGACCAGGGAAACAUGCGACCUAGAUUGCUUUUCGUCAUGGGUAUCAUGACCACAUUCGAUAAUCGGAGGCGCAGAGACUCUAUCAGGAAGACGUGGAUGCCACAAGGUGAGCGUUUGCGAAUGCUGGAGAAGGACAAGGGCAUUGUCACGCGUUUUGUUAUUGGACGAAGUGCAAAUCCUGGUCCUGACAGUGAAGUGGAGCGUGCCAUGGAUGCAGAAGAGAAAGAAUACAAUGAUAUUCUUAGACUUAAUCACGUUGAAGGCCAGGAUGGGCUUCCUUUGAAGAUUCAGAUGUUUCUUUCAAGUGCUCUGUCCACGUGGGAUGCUGAUUUCUAUGUCAAAGUUGACGAUGAUGUUCAUGUCAACAUUGGUAUGCCAACACAGAACCCUUUGUUGCUGGUAAAUGUUUCACUGGUAUUCUCAUGCACUGAGGUUUUCUCUCUUAACACAGGUAUUACCAGAUCGAUUUUGGCACGACAUAGGUCAAAACCUCGGGUGUACAUCGGCUGCAUGAAAUCCGGACCUGUGAUCGCUAACAAUGAAUCUAAAUAUUACGAACCAGAUCAUUGGAAGUUUGGGACUGCGGGUAACAACUACUUUAGGCACGCAACACGGCAGCUGUAUGCUAUAACAAGGGACUUGGCGACCUACAUAUCAGCAAACAAGCAUAUCUUGCACAAAUAUACAAAUGAAGAUGUAUCAUUUGGUUCUUGGUUGAUUGGGUUGGAUGUUGAGCAUGUUGAUGAGAGAAGCCUUUGUUGUGGUAUUCCUCCAGACUGCGAAUGGAAGGCGCAGGCUGGGAACCCAUGUGGGGCAUCCUUCGACUGGAACUGCUCCGGCGUCUGCAAUCCAGCAGAGAGAAUGGAGGAGGUGCACCGGCGAUGCUGGGAACAUCGCGAGGCUGCUCUGCCACAAGCGCAGGAGUCUUGACAAUCAAGGGGUGGUGGCAUCCUUGUGCUGCUCCAUGUAAACUCAUGUAAAUUAUUCGGUAGACGAAGACGCAGCAGCUGUCGUGCCGUUGUCUGGGUUCUUGGAGCUACACAUUUUUGCCUUCCGACGCCGUGCAUUUGCAUGAAUUGGAGGGGAAAUUUGAACAGAGCUACGGCAUAGUGAAGGUUUUGCAUCGUGUAUGUAAGAUAUCCGAUAUGUGAAAAUGAAUGCAGGAAAGCUCUGCAAAUUGUGUCGUCAUGAUUAAAUGGUCACAAUAUCCUUGAAACGGAACACCUUUUUCCUGAA